CCUCACCUCUCUUCCCCUUUCUUUUCUCUUUGCAGCAGCGAAGAGAGGUAGAGAGAUUGAGAGAGAGAGAAACACGGGCCCUCUCUCUCUGCACAACGCUCCCUCCUUCUACCCUCCCCAUUAUUCAAUAAUUUGCGCUUCUGGGUCCCCUCGAUUCGGCGUCUCACGUCGCCGGCUACCUGUGUUCCCUCACCCUUCUCUGUGAUCCGGACGGCGGCGAUUCUCCAGAUAGAGAGUCAAGAGUGAGUUAUGCAGCAGGCAGAUCAGACAGUGAUUAGCUUGAGGCCUGGUGGUGGAGGAAACCGAGGCAGCAGAAUCCUUGCACCUCGUUUCGACUCUGCUUUUGGCAAUUCCGGCGGUGGCGGUCUUGGUGGUUCUUCCGCGACAUCUGUUUCGUCUUCCUCCGAUCUCCAUCUCCUCCGGCCUUAUGGCGGCGCCCCUCCCACUUCGUCUUUCAAGACUGGUGACUUGCGGUUUGAAGGUCGUGAGCGUGUUUGUUACACUCGAGACCAGCUGUUACAAUUAAGAGAGAUUGCUGAUGUCCCUGAAGAUAUCCUAAAAAUCAAAUGUGACAUUGAAGCUGAAUUUUUGGGCGAUGAUCAGAACUGGGUUCAUGGAGAUACUAAUGUGCAACCUCAAACUCAAAGUCGUUAUUCGGAGCCAGAUAACCGUGAUUGGCGUGGUCGAUCAGCACAGCUGCCUAGCUCUGGAGAAGAAAGAUCCUGGGAAACUCUUCGAGAUAAUAAAGAGCUUGCAGCAAGUCGAUUAGAUUCAAGACAGCAGGAUCAAUUUAAUCGGCAAGACCAACUAAAUACCCAGUUUUCAAGGGCUCAAAUUUCAUCUAACCAAGGGGGGCCUGCUCCUGCUCUUAUCAAGGCUGAGGUGCCAUGGUCAGUUCGAAGAGGGAACCUUACUGAGAAAGAACGUGUCUUGAAGACAGUGAAAGGCAUAUUGAACAAGCUGACACCAGAGAAAUUUGAUGUCCUAAAAGGCCAACUGAUCAACUCCGGAAUCACAACUCAAGAUAUCUUAAAGGGUGUCAUCUCUUUGAUAUUUGAGAAAGCUGUGCUGGAGCCCACGUUUUGUCCUAUGUAUGCUCUUCUUUGUUCUGAUCUUAACGAAAAGCUGCCACCAUUCCCUUCUGAUGAGCCUGGUGGGAAAGAAAUCACGUUCAAGCGUAUUCUGUUGAAUAAUUGCCAGGAGGCAUUUGAAGGUGCUGACAAUCUCAGGGCAGAAAUUAGGCAGAUGACUGCCCCUGAGCAAGAAUUGGAACGUAGAGAUAAAGAAAGAAUGGUGAAACUGCGCACCCUUGGAAAUAUCCGCCUUAUUGGUGAACUUCUAAAGCAGAAGAUGGUGCCUGAGAUAAUUGUUCAUCACAUUGUUCAGGAGCUUUUAGGACACGAUGGCAAGUCUUGCCCAGAUGAGGAGAAUGUUGAGGCUAUAUGCCAAUUCUUCAAUACCAUUGGUAAGCAGCUGAAUGAGAGCCAAAAAUCCCGUCGUAUCAAUGACAUGUACUUCAACAGAUUGAAGGAGCUGACAACAAACCAGCACUUGGCACCACGGUUGAGGUUCAUGGUCCGUGAUGUUCUGGAACUGCGGGCCAAUAAUUGGGUCCCAAGGCGUGAAGAGGUGAAAGCGAAGACCAUCACUGAGAUCCAUUCGGAGGCGGAGAAGAACCUUGGGUUACGUCCUGGUGCAACAGCAAACAUGAGAAAUGGCCGUGGUGCUGGUGCUUCAGGAGGUAUUGGCCCUGGAGGUUUCCGACCUGGCUCUGGGGGGAUGAUGCCUGGAAUGCCUGGAAUGAGGAAGAUGCCUGGUAUGCCAGGGAUUGACAAUGAUAAUUGGGAGGUUCCUCGAACCCGGUCAAUGCCAAGGGGUGAUGGUUUAAUAUCUAUGCAGUCUUCUGGACGUGUUCAGACCCCACUUGUCAGCAAGUCAACAUCCAUCAACUCCAAGCUGUUGCCUCAGGGCAGUGGUGGUCUGAUGACUGGUAAGACCAGUGCAUUAUUACAGGGUAGCGUUCCUCCUGCACGUCCAUCGAGCCUUGUUUCAGGCAUGGAUCCUGUAGCUCAGAGCCCUGCAUCUGCACGGCCGGUAGUGUCAGCACCAUCUACAGUGCCUGUUCCCGUGAGACCAGCUGCUUCUGUCACAAGAUCAAACCCUGCUGAACUUGAGAAGAAAACAAUCUCUCUUUUGGAUGAGUACUUUGAGAUACGUGAUCUAGAUGAAGCAUUCAGGUGUGUGGAGGAGCUGAAGGAUACUAGCUUCUAUCCAGAGGUUGUCAAGGAAACAAUCUCCCGUUCGCUGGAUAGGAGGGUCCCAUGUGUAGAUCUAGCUCUGAAGCUCCUGGACUUCUUGUUUGCUAGGAAGCUUCUUUCGGCCAGAGACAUGGGGACUGGCUGUCUUCUGUACGCGUCAAUGUUGGAUGACAUUGGCAUCGAUCUGCCGAAAGCACCAAGCAAUUUUGGAGAUGUCACUGGGAAGCUGGUCUUGUCUGGGGCUCUAGAUUUUAAGGUGAUCAAGGAGAUUCUGAAGAAGGUGGAGGAUACCUAUUUCAGGAAACUCAUCUUUGAUGCUGCUAUGAGCAGUCUCGAUUCUGACCCUUCUGGCCAGAAAAUAUUGAGUGUUAACGGUGCUGAAAUCCAGACCUUCCAGAGCAUGCUUUCCUGAUCGGGUCAAAGCCAUUCUUAGUAGUCAGUAGGUUUUGAAUUUCUGUAAUCAUGAAAAAUCAAACAUUUCUGUUGUUUUCUUUUAUUUAUAUUUUUUUAAUUUCCUCCUUUUACCCAUUCCUGAGGCAAGCAACAUGUGUUACAAUUUGUGAUAAAAGUCGAGCUGCGAAAAACUGGUAAAUCUAUUGAGUUUGUAUAUUUUUCGAGGUCA